UUCAGUGGAGCGUAAAGGUUUUAAAAUUUUAUAUAUAAAAGAGAUUGAAUUAGGAUUGAUUAGGUUGAUGUGAUGUGAUGAGAUUGGUAGUGAUGAGAUGCUGUGUAAAGUAAAGAUGAUGAGGAUGUAGGUUAAACAAAUGUGUGGAGAUACAGUGGUGGUGGGAAGUGGUGGGCCGCUCUUUAGUGAGUUUUUUAGGAUAAUAUUAUUUUAUAAUUCAUUUUACUUUAGCGAUUUUAUAAAAGUUUGGAGGUUUUAAUCCUAAGUAAUUUUUUAGUGGUUUUAUUGGGGACAUGACUUUUUGGGCUAUUUUAAAGCGAUUUUAAUAAGUCUAGUUGUUUUGCGGGCAGCGUUACUCACUGAAAGCCGGACUAAUCAAUGAUUUGCAUUUCGUGGAAUAUUAAUAUUGCAGAAUUUAUCUGGGCACAUUUUAAGGCAAAGAUCAGCGUGCGUGGUUAUUGAGCUGCUAAUUUUUGAGUUAAACUAAACGUUCAGUUACAGUGAAAUUUCAAGAGUAUACCACUGAUCCCAUGAGGUUGAUGCUGCUUAAAAUCUUCAAUUGUUUUGCUCUAAAUUUGCCAGGGUAUAAUUUUUAAGAAUUACGCAAACCGUCGAAAGAAUCGAGGGGGGAAACCCUAAGCAAAAUUCUUAUUCUUAUUCUUGUAGCUUAAAAAUUCCAAAUUACAAUUUUCCUAAAAGGUUUUUGAUUCAUUUAAAAUAAAUUUCCACAUAAAAUUACAUAUUUUCCAACUUAUUUUCCUAAAACUCCUGCAGCGGCCUAAAUGGGAAUAAUUAAAAACUUGCUAAUGCAGAAUUUUCUAAACUCCCUUAAACUUUUUUAACCAAUUUUGACAAAAAUAAUUUUUCUGUACAUAAAAAAUUACAUUUACCAAUUUUCCUAAACCCCUGGCAGCGGCAAUCCUACCAAAACCCUACACACCAAAAGAGACCCACCACUUCUCCUCACCCACUGUAUCUCUCUCUCUCUCUCUCUCAUUCUAAAAAGUCCCACUGACAGACUUUGCCUUUUAAUACCACUGCACUACCCCCUUUAUUACAAUUUUAAAAAUCUCUAGAGUCUCUCCCCAAGUCUCCUUCUUCUUCCUCUCCUCCGCAUCCCCACUACACUUCUUAAACCCUUCUUCUUCUUCUCAUCAUAAGAAGAGAUGAGAGGAGCUUGAACAAUGUGUCCCUCUUAACAAAAACUCUCACUUAUAAGUUUAUAAAACUCUCUCUUUUAAAAUCUUUAAGACUGAAUUUUUCACUUCUUUUUUAAGCUUUUCUUUAAGGAUUUUUUAAGGAUUUUUAUUUUAGGAUGAAAUUAGGAGUUCUUGUUUUUGUACUUUUCAUUCAUAUUUCGAGAGGAGGUGGAGGUGGAGUUGGAGGGUUCGAGUUUAAUGGCUCCUACAAGAUCUCACCCAAGCCCUGCACCGCAAUCCUGAACUCGACCCCCGAGCACGGGAUCUGCAUGUUCGUCUGGGAGUGCUUGAAGUCGGAUGGGAAGCACCUCGGGAUGUGCGUGGACGGGUUCAUGUUCGGGAGCUGCUGUGGGCAUGACAAUUUGGUUAAUUCCAUUGCGACGGCGGUGGUGGGAGAUCAAGGGGUUGUGGGAGCGUCGGAAAAAGAGCCGCCGGAUGGGGGGGGUGGGGGUGGGAUGAGUAGUAAUUUGGAGGAUGAGGUGGUGGUCCCGUUUUUGACGAGGACUUCGACCAGUACGACGACCACGGAGCGUCCUACUACCACAACGACCACCGUGAGAAGUACCACAACCACUCCACCAACCACGACAACAACCACCACCCGCCUCCCAACCACCCUGCACUACAUAAACCCCGCCUCGCCACCCCCCACUGAACCCCCCAACCUCUUCUCCAACAUCACCUAUCCCCAUACUCUAAGUUCUCCCGGUCAGUGCGGCAUCGCUCCCCUCUCCUCCCGCCCCGCCUCCCGGAUCGUGGGAGGGAACGAGGCGAAAUAUGGCCAAUUCCCCUGGCAAGUCAGUGUUCGUAGAACGAGCUUUUUCGGGUUCUCCUCGACCCAUCGGUGCGGAGGGGCGCUGAUCAGUGAUGAGUGGGUCGCCACGGCGGGGCACUGCGUGGACGACCUGAUGACCUCCCAGAUCAGGGUUCGCCUGGGGGAGUACGAUUUUAGCGUGUCAGAUGAGAAGUAUCCCCACACGGAGAGGGGAGUUGUUAAGAAGGUGGUCCACCCGAGCUACAACUUUUUCACCUACGAGAACGACCUCGCUCUAUUAAAGUUAUCCACCCCGAUCCCACUAAACUCAACCCCGCACAUCGUUCCUAUUUGUCUUCCGGCGAAUGAUGAUUUGUUAAUUGGGGAAAAUGCCACGGUCACGGGGUGGGGGAGGUUGUCCGAGGGAGGCCAACUCCCCUCCAAACUCCAGCACGUCUCGGUCCCCAUAAUCUCCAACGCUAAAUGCAGGGACAUGUUUCUGAAAUCGGGGAGGAUGGAGUACAUUCCAGAGAUUUUUUUGUGUGCCGGGUAUGAAGAGGGGGGAAGGGAUAGUUGUCAGGGCGACUCCGGUGGCCCGCUGCAAGUCCUCGGCCGUGACAACCGUUACUUCCUCGCAGGGAUAAUCUCUUGGGGGAUUGGUUGCGCGGAGCACAACAUGCCCGGGGUUUGUACCAGGAUUUCCAGGUACAGGGACUUUGUGCUGCAGAAUGUGAGGGGUGGUGGUGGAACUAGUCAUUGAUGAAUAAAUAACAAUUUUAUAGAGAAAAA